AUGCCUGGCGCUAUAGAAUCCUCCCCAUCGGAGUGGCUACAGCUUGAGCUCCGGAGGAUAUGUGCCAAUGUGCUCCAGCUUGACACCAAAGAUGUCGAUCCGCAACGGUCCUUUCUCUCCUUGGGCGGCGACUCUCUGCUGGCCAUCAAGAUAUUGGCCCAAUGUCGGGCUCAGGGUAUUACCAUCAACAUUGCCGAUAUCAUGGCAGCAACUACACUGGAGUCGCUGUAUUCGAUGGCCCAGGGCCCGGCUGAGCUUGCCUCGUCCUCCACCAGCGAUAAUGCCAGCGACAAGGACAGCUCACUGGAUGACUCAGAGACUGGCGCCCUCACCCCUACCACCGACGCUGGCUCGAGCUUGGCCGACACACUCUCGCCCGAGAUGAAGGCCAAAUUGUCUGCGCUCUCCGUAUCCCAGGAUACCGCUAUUCAAGCGGUUGUCCCUUGUUCCGCAAUCCAGGACAGAAUGCUCGUCAGCCAACUACAGAAUCCUCACCUAUACUCGUGCUGCUUUGUGCUCAGAUUAACCCACUCACACCCAGGCCUCCCCGUCGAUGCCAAACGACUGGGUACGGCUUGGGGUGAAGUUGUCAAGCGUCACUCCAGCCUACGGACGGUCCUGGUUGAGAGCACACAGCGACCAGGGCACUACAACCAAGUCAUUCUGGCUGGGAUCAUUCCGGCAGUUGAACACUAUGAAGGAGCCGACCACUUAGGCUCAGUCAAGUUCAACGUGAAUAACCCAAUCGUCUUUCAGCCGCACUCGAUCCCACACCGACUACAGCUGGUCCAGGUCUCUCCCUCGGAGGUUUAUCUAAAAUUCGACAUCUCACAUCUCCUCAUUGAUGGACAGUCGGCUGAAGUCUUGUUAAAGGACUUGAGCGACGCCUACCGUGAUGGCGGGCUGGCGGCGGCACCCCUGUCAUACGCUGAUUAUGUCUCCUCCUACCUCCUCGAACCUGCUCAGCUAAACACAUCCAGAAAGGAGUCCGGCAUGGAGAUGAGCCCUCUAACAGUUCCAAUGGACAGACCAAACGAAGGGCUAUUUGACUUUCAGACGGUCAGCGCAAACGUACCUCUCGAUUCUCGACUCGUCCAAUCCGUCUGCGCGAGAUACUCUGUGACACUUGCGACAGUGUGCCAGCUAGCCUGGGGGCUUGUCCUGCGCUGCUACGCCGGCACAGACAGUGUCUGCUUUUCGUACGUCAACUCUGGUCGCUCCAUGUCCAUUCCUGGUGUGCAGGAGGUCAUCGGCCCGAUCGUGCAGACCUCGAUGUGCUCCAUUCAGCUCGGUCCAGCUGAUGAGUUACCCAAGAUCCUGCAGCGCAUCCAUAGGGAUGCAUUACAGGCCAUGUCCCAGUUAUCGCCUCUGGAGGCGAAUAGCACAUCCAAGUCAGCGCGGCAGCUGAGUAAUACGACCAUGUCAUUUCAACGAGCCCUAGAUGAUGCUGCUGCGCAGAGAGCUGGUCUCUUAGUUAAAAUUGAGGGCAAAGCUAAUCCUACUGAUUACGACAUCUCUCUGGGCAUUGCCGCAGGCGCCGAUGGCCUCUCCGUUGAUCUGGAUUUCUGGGGCUCCAGGCUCGACGAGGAAAGCGCCAGAACGAUGCUGGGUGCAUUCGAGGCCGCAAUCAGAGGGAUCAUUGACUCCCCGGACAGCACUGUUUCUAAUAUCAGUCUUCUCUCUCCGGGCGAGGUCUCCCAGCUAGCGCAAUGGAACGCAAGCAUCCCGAAGCCGGAACGAGUGUGCGUGCAUGACAAGAUUAUGGAAAUCUCCAAGCUUCAGCCAGGUGCUGCAGCCGUCAACUCGUGGGAUGGGAACCUGACAUACCAUGACCUCACUGUUCAGGCAUCGACCCUGGCCCAUCAUUUGCGGGAUCAGCUUGGGGUAGGGCCCGAACGGUUUGUUGGUAUCUGCAUGGACAAGUCGAAGUGGGCGAUUGUCUCCAUGCUGGCAGUUCUCAUGGCCGGUGGCAUCGUCGUUCCGCUGGGAGUUUCCCACCCUCGAGCACGCAUAAGGGAACUUCUGAAUGAUACAGCUGCUGUCGCCCUGCUUGUUGACGGUAAGCAUGGAGACCGGCUUGCAGGUCUUGAGGUGGAAAAUGCUGCCAUGCUCACGGUGGAUCAGCAGCUUCUAGACUCUCUGCCAACAAUCCCUAAGCCCCCAGUCUCCGGGGUGACGCCCGACAAUGCUGCCUGGGUCAUCUACACUUCAGGCUCAACAGGUGUCCCAAAGGGGGUUGUACUGCUGCAUCAGAACAUUUCCACAAGUGUUAUCGCCCACGGAGCGGUAUUUGGCGUCAACUGUGUUACCCGUACAGCACAGUUUGCUUCAUACACUUUCGAUGUCAGUCUCUCUGAUAUCGUCAUGACCCUCUUCCACGGGGGAUGUGUCUGUAUCUUCUCCGAGGAAAGCCGCAUGAACAGUCUCACCGAAGCUCUGCAGGGGCUCGCUGUCAACUACGUCAAUUUGACUCCGACCGUGCUUGGCUUGUUAAACCCUGCUGAUCUCCCAGUGAUCCGCACUGUCGUCGCUGGAGGAGAGGCUAUGGACCCUGGGAUCAUAGAGAAAUGGUCGCCACAUGCUCGAGUCUUCAAUUCCGUUGGACCCUCAGAAUGUACCAUCAUUGCUGUCGCAGCUGGUCCUGUCACGGACCCUGCUCAAGCUGCCAAUGUCGGCUACCCCACUGGGACUCGACUUUGGGUGGCAUUGCCUACAGACCCAAACCAGCUGUGCCCUGUCGGCGUGCCCGGCGAGCUUCUGAUCGAAGGUCCCAUGCUCUCCCGUGGCUAUCUGAACGACCCAGAGAAGACAGCGGGCGCAUUCAUUACGAAUCCGGCUUUCGUCAAACAUCUCGAGGCUGCUACUCCCGCAUGGAAGGUUCUGUUCCAAAAAAGUGAGCGUCGCUUCUAUCGCUCAGGCGACCUUGUUCGCCAGAAGAGAGAUGGGUCCCUUGUUCAUAUGGGCAGACGAGACACGCAGGUCAAGAUCCGCGGGCAAAGAGUCGAAAUCGGUGAGAUCGAAUACUGGAUCAUGCAGCGGCUCAAGGAGGUCCGGCGCGUAGCAGUCCUCGUAAUCGAACGCGGACAAGGGAAGGAGCAGAAAUCUCUUGUUGCGGCUGUCGAAUUCAAAGAGGAUUACGAGGACGUCAGGCAUAGCGACGAUGAUAUCUCUCCCGUCACGAAGAUUGGAGAAUCCACAGUUCUGCCCCAGUUGCUACCCCUGACCGAGCCACUGUCUAAGGCAUUGCAUCAGCUGCGCAAUGACCUGUUAGAGCAUCUUCCCCCGUACAUGUCGCCAACAAUGUACGCGCCCGUCUCACAGCUACCGCUGAACCUAUCCGGCAAGAUCGACCGCCGGGCAGUGACCCAGUUCAUCAACGAACUAGACGACGUGCAGCUACAGCAGUAUCUCGCCGUCAGUGGAUCACACCAGGAGCCUUCCACUGAGACCGAAUUCAAACUGCAGAAGCUGUGGGCCAAGACUCUCGGUGUUGAUGUCUCGCAGAUCAGCGCAGAUAGCCAUUUCUUCCAUAUUGGGGGCGACUCAGUAGCAGCUAUGCGCGUUGUCGCCGCUGCACGGGAUGUGGAGUUGGUCCUGCGCGUCGCUGAUCUCUUCGAGUACCCCCGUCUCCCUGACCUUGCUCGCGCGGUAGAGAGCCGCGUCGUAGAUGAAGCCGAUGAGGAAGAUCCAGCCCCGUUCAGCGUGUGGCGGGAAAGUCGCGGCUCGGAGCCCAGCGAAGAGCCAGUUGAGUUGGAUAAGAUCGCUGCUAUGUGUAAUUUAUCGAAGGAGCAAAUCGAAGACGUUCUCCCGUGCACCGCUCUACAAGAAGGGCUUAUCGCUCUCACGGCGCAGCAGCCAACAGCCUACAUUGACCGCAGAGUUUUUGCUCUCUCACAGGAGGUCGAUCUAUCUCAAUACCGUGCUGCCUGGCAGAUUGUCAUCCACCGAACCUCGGCUCUACGCACACGGAUUGUGUCUGGGCCUCAGACAGGUUCACUGCAGGUCGUGGUUGUUCCCCGUCAUAUUGAUUGGAACAAGUCGUCAUCUUUAGAUGAGUACCUCGAGACCGACAGGCAGACGGGGAUGAUGAUGGGUCAGCCCUUAAACCGUUUCGCCUUUGUGGAUCAGCCUGAUGGCCAGCGGUUCUUUGUAUGGACCACUCAUCAUAGCACGUACGAUGGAUGGAGUCGAGCCUUGGUUCUUCAGCAGGUCGCCGAUGCCUACGCGAGUCGAGACCUGCCACCCAUUGCCUCUUUCUCCCGGUUUAUUCAAUACAUCCACUCUCAGCCGCAAGACGCAGCGGCCUCGUACUGGAAGGCCCAACUCGGUGGGGAUACGAGCGCUGACUUUCCUGCGCUUCCAAUUGCCAAUUACCGACCUCGUCCGCAGCAGCGCCAUCAGCAUACAGUUAAUCUAGCUUCCAGCUCUACAAAGGUAAUGUUGCCAGACCUUCUUCGAGGCGCUUGGGCGCUGGUUGUGCAUCAGUAUGUUGGCAAAACUGAUCCGGUAUUUGCCAUUGCUCUCUCCGGGCGAAAUGCUCCAGUACGCAAUGUGCCCAACAUCGCCGGACCGACCUUGACGACCGUCCCUGUGCGCAUCUUCAUAGAUCCAGAGCAGCUCGUCAACGAGUUCCUGCAGAGUGUGAGACAGCAAGCCGUCGAUAUGAUACCUUACGAGCAUACAGGUCUUCAGCGCAUCAAGAAGAUGGUCCCCGAGCUGGCAGCAGCAGUCGACCUCAAACAUCUUUUCGUUGUACAGCCGGCAAGUGAUGGCGAGAGCAAGUUCAAAAUCCCCGGAGUGACUGAGCAUCUUGUUGCCGUGGACGAAUUCGACAGCUACGGCCUCAACGUGGAGUGCAUGCUUUCUGGUCAGUCCAUAGAAGUCGAUGUGCGUUUCGAUGAGAAGAUGUUAUCGUCGUCACAGGUAAUUCGUCUGAUGAGCCAGUUUGAAGCUGUUGUGCAUCAGCUUCAUCUCCAUGGCGAGGGAAGCCUGAAGAUCAAGGACAUUGACCUCCUCAGCCCUGAAGAUGUCAACCAGCUUCGGCAAUGGAACGCCCUUCCCCUUGCACAGCCUCUCGAUGUCUGUCUACACGACCUCAUCGCUGAGGUCGCUCGAUCCCGGCCUGGGGCAGCAGCAAUCGAAGCGUGGGAUGGAACAUUGACGCAUGCACAGCUGCAAUCCUACGCUUCGACGCUCGCCGGCUACCUUAUUGAGCUUGGCGUCGGUCCCGAGAUCUCGGUCCCCGUUUGCAUGGACAAAUCCGUCUGGGCCGUGGUUUGUUUCCUGGCUGUCCUACAAGCUGGUGGUGUGGUUGUUCCCCUCGGGACUGGCCAUCCCAUACCUCACAUUGCCAGCAUCAUCGAGGAUACCGGCGCGAAGCUUGUUCUUGUUGAUGCACAGCAAUUCGAGCGUCUGUUGGAGCUCACCCCUUCACGGGGUUUGACUCUAGUGCCCAUCGAUACGCAACUGCUCAACAGCCUACCGACUGCUGCGCCACAAACAUCCGUCACGCCGGCCAACGCAGCCUGGAUAGUCUUCACCAGCGGCAGUACCGGCAAAGCCAAAGGCGUCGUCCUCACUCACUCCAAUUUAUCAACGGCAAUCAAGACCCAUGGCGCCCGCUUUGGUCUUGGGACCCAUACACGCACGAUUCAGUUCGCGGCACACACCUUCGACGCCGUGCUGCAGGAUUAUUUCACCACGCUUGCCAGUGGAGGCACCGUCUGUGUCCCGUCAGAGGCUGACAGGAUGAACGAUCUUGCCGGCGUCAUGAGGGGCAUGAAUGUCAACUUCGCAAAUCUGACUUCAACUGUGGCUCGGCUCCUCACGCCUGACCAAGUUCCCAGCCUGAAGGUUUUAAUCUUAGCUGGCGAGCAGAUCCAGGAUUCUGUUGUGGAAACUUGGUACAAGCAUGCUGAAGUACUGAACGUCUACGGACCAACAGAGUGCUCCAUCAACUCAACCUGCAAUGGCCCCAUCUCUGACCUAUCGAAUGCUCAGAGCAUCGGGUUUGGUAUGGGGUCUCGUACCUGGAUCGCUGACCCUACAGACCCCAACCGCCUGUGUCCUGUUGGCACGCCUGGAGAGCUCCUAAUCGAGGGUCCUGGUCUGGCUAGGGGAUAUCUAGGCGAUCCAGCCAAAACGGAGGCUGCCAUUAUCCAGAACCCUUCCUUUGCCUCCCGCUUCGCUCUCUCGGACUGCCGCGUCUAUCGAACUGGUGAUUUGGCAAAGCAAACCGAAGACGGCCAGAUCCUAUACCUCGGUCGCAUUGACACGCAGAUCAAGAUCCGCGGGCAGCGGGUCGAGCUGGGCGAGAUCGAACAUUGGAUUGGACGCCAUCUACCCCAUGUCAAGCACACGGCUGUUGUGGCAAUAUCGCGUGGAGAGAAGCAGAUGCGUCUUGCAGCCGUUAUUGAGCGCGAGAACGGACAUAAACCAGACCCGGUGAUCUUUACGCAGCUCAAGAAGACCCUGUCCUCAUUGCUACCGUCGUACAUGGUCCCCAGUCUGUAUAUCCCGGUCACUGAAAUUCCCCUGACUGUCUCUGGCAAACUCGACAGACGCGCCAUCAAACAAACAGUUGAAAGCAUGCCCACUGAAGAACUGGAGCAGUACUUCGCGGGUGAGUCUAGCGGAACCCGCGUUCCCCCGUCAACCGAGAUGGAGAAAGCCCUGCAACGAAUCUGGGCCAAUUCCUUGGGCAUAGAGGUUGACGCCAUCGGCGCCGACGACAACUUCUUCCAGCUCGGUGGUGAUUCAGUGGUUGCGAUGCACAUCUCUGCCUCCAGUCGUCAAGACCAGUCGGUCAAGGGACUGGCAGUAGGUGAUAUAUUCAUGCAUCCGCGGUUGGCCGACUUGGCGGUCUUGCUGGAGAAGAGACCGCGGGAAGGUGAGGGUGGCUGGGACGAGGAAAUGAGAGACGAUGAGAGUCCAUUUGCAUUGCUGCAGGAGGUGUUGGACUUGGAUUUGAAAGACAUAUAG